AUGGCCGAGCUGGAUAAACUCGCGAUUCGCGGUGUGCGCUCGUUCGAUCCGCGCGAUGUGCACAUCAUCCAGUUCUUCAAACCGCUCACUGUGAUUGUAGGACAUAAUGGCAGUGGCAAGACAACUAUUGUGGAAUGCCUAAAAUAUGCUGCAACUGGCGAUUUGCCUCCGAAUACCAAGGGCGGAGGCUUUGUUCAUGAUCCUAUGCUCGCAGGCACCGACGCCGUCAAGGCGCAAGUGCGCCUGCGCUUUCGCAACACAAGCGGUACGCGUAUGAGUUGUGUGCGCAAUUUGCAAGUAUCUAAGAAAAAAGGCGGCGGGCUCACGAUGAAGACCCUCGAGGGUGUGCUGGGUAUCGAUGAUGAUCACGUUGAUCCUGAGUCGCGUGCGGCUAUAUCCACGAGGUGUGCUGAACUAGACCAGGAAAUGGCUACAUUGCUAGGCGUAUCUCGAGCAAUCCUUGAGAAUGUGCUCUUUUGCCACCAGGAAGAAUCCAACUGGCCGCUCUCAGAGCCGGCUGUCCUUAAGAAACGCUUUGAUGAAAUCUUCGAAGUGACUCGGUAUACCAAAGCUCUCGAGUCUAUUCGAGCGCUGCGCAAGCAGCGAACUCAAGAUGCUCGUGUUGAUGAGGCUGAGCUACGUGGAAUUCGGCAAGAAAAGGAGCGAGCCGAUGGCAUCAAAGAAAAGAUCCGUGUGUUGGAGCUGUCCCUCACACAGAAGACGAAAGAGCGUGAUGAAUUAGAAGUGCAGAUUCAGCGUAAAGUCACAGAGAAUCAGGCGCUGUAUGAUGAUGCGACACGUUUUCGCGAGGUGAUUGGUCAGGCUGAGGCAUUGGAAGAACGACUGGCGCUGUACCAAGAGCACCACGAUGCCCUUCAGGCUCGUAUGACCGUCUUGGACUUGGACGAUGUGACGCUGCAGCGUAUGUUAGAUGAUUUUCCACGUCAGUUGGAAGCUGAUGAACGACGUCUAGCGGACAUCCGUGGAAAGCAUGAUACAUACGUGGCAGAUCGUGACGCCACGAUAGCCAAACAUGAAGCGCUAGUGCGGCAGCAUGCAGAUCUCGAGGCAGCGGAGCGGACAUAUGAACGACUUCUGCAGGACAGUACGAAAGAGCUGGCUUCUCUUGGGGCGGAUAUUGACGGUUCGCCGUCCGCAGCACAAUGGGAGGCGGCGGCUGUGAAUCUACGCACGUCUUUGGAGCAGCAGAAGCGUGUGCUGGAACGAGAAGCAGCUGACGCUGCGCAGCGUGAGAAGGAGAAGGAACGUCACCUGGAGCGUACUUUCCAGUCUCUGGAGGCGGCGAUGCGUGAUACCCAGGCACAGUACGAUCAAGUGUGUGCCACGAUUGAUCGCGUCCAGGCGCGUAAAGCAGCGUGUGAAAAAGACAUUGCAUCGGAGCUCCCGUCAGUGGAUAUCGCUGCGCUAGACGAUGCGAGGAAGGCCCUAGCCGCCUUGCAGAAUGAAUCGUCCGACGAAGAGCAUGUGCAAGCCGAGGCUGAAGCCGCCGGACGCCUUGCUUCAUUAGAGGCAGAGCGGCACGCGCUAGUCCAAGCCUUAGCUACGUCCCACCGUGAUGCUGAAGGACGGGCUCUGUACGCCCAAACACAGUCGAUGCUAGCCGAUAAAGAGCAGACGUACACAGCGCAGGAGACAGCGUGGCGUACACAAUGUCAAUCUGUGCUGGGCCAUGUUCCUACGGAUCUAAUGCCGCUCCUUCAUAACGCGGAAAAGCAGUGUUCUGAGGCCAAGCGGCAAGUCCAAUCUGCACAGCAUAACGUGGACCAAGCAGAAGCGUCGUAUGCGUCACAAGAGCGUGUUCUUGCACAGAAGCAGACUACGUGUGAAAACCUUUUUAACGACAUUCAGGGUCUCCUAGGCGAAUUUGCAUCACUCGACGAGGGAGUGGCGACGGCAAACGAGGAAGUCCAAGUGCUUCGUGAAUCGCUGGGGCUAUUGGAGCAUGCUGCGGCGUUCUUUGAACGGAUCCAAAAACAUGCACAUGAACGCCAUGUAUGCCUGGCAUGUAACCAAUCCAUCCCCUCUUCCCAUAUGCACGAUUUUGAUGCGCAUAUUUCCGCCUCUUUGCAGCGCAGCCAGCCGGAACGUAUCGAGGGAUUGCAGCGUGAUUUAGAGGCGUGGUCCAAGCAGCAAACGCAGCUCCGUCGUGCACAGGCACUAGUGGAACGACGCGAGUCUGAGAUGAAGGAGAUUGAUGCGCUACAGGCAUCCCAGACUGAGCUACAGAAGACGCAGCGCGAUGCUCAGGCGGCCAGGGACCAGGCCCAAGCGGCCUUGGCGCAUGCGGAAGCCCAGCUUGUAGCCCUGCAGGCGCUACGUGACGACGAAGAGCGAUGGCGUAGUGUCCAACAGGAUGUUCAAUCCCUGCAACAGCGCCUAGAGAGCCUUCGUCCUGCUACUUUGCUAUCUGCUCCUGACGCUACGCCUGCGCGAUUGGACGACGUGACCCAAGCGAUCCAAACGCAGCAGGCCGCGUGCGAUGCUCUGCAUCAUGCACGGGCCACGCACCGCGAGAAGAUCGUGGCGGCGGAGCGUCGUGUGCACACGCUCGAGAUGGCGGUCGCGAUGCAGCAACAGCAUGCAUCCACACGGGCUGCGGCGCAGCAGCGCUUGGCCGAGCACGUCGCCGAUUUGGCGGAGUUUACGUCGCAAAAAGCGACGUUGCGUGACACGCUUACGCAAGCGGAGGCGCCGCUAGCGACGGCACGGACUGACCUAGCUACCUGCCGUCAAGCGCAUCAAGAGGCGGCGGCUGCGCGUGACGCUGCUAUACACUCCCAUACGCAGACCUACCGCCAACUGAUGGCCCUGCAGAAGCGUGUACAGGAGGCUGACGCACAACAUGAACGUGAUGCCCUGGCAACGUGUGCGGCAGCUCUGCAAGCCGCUACCUCGGACCUUGCUGCCGCUCGUCAUACGGCAGAGCAGGCGACGCGUAACAUGUACGAUCUGGAAGCGGCUGUACAUGAUGCACAAAGCCGCCAGGCGAAUCUGCAGGACAACGUACGCCUCCGCGAGGUGGUGCGCGACAGGGCGCGAGUGCGUCAGGAACUCGCAUCGAUGGACCUGGACGAAGCCCACCAGCGGCAUGCGCAUGCGACGGCCGCGUACGACCGCGCGAGAGAAGAGGAACGCGAUAUGCACGGCACGGCUGCGCACCUCCGUGGCGAGAUCCAGAGUAUGGAAGCAGAGCUUACGCGCCGCCGUGCGGAGCUGCGCGAUGAGUUCCGCGAUGUCGAGGCGCGGUACAUGCAGCAGCUUGUUCACAUCAAGGUGGCGAGUAUGGCGAACCGCGAUCUCGAUACGUACUGUGGUGCACUGCAACAGGCGAUCUUGCAGUACCACGGGAUCAAAAUGGAAGAAGUCAAUCAGACCCUUGACUAUUUAUGGAAGAAGACGUACCAAGGUACAGAUAUCGAUACCGUGCUCAUUCGGUCGGACGCCGAGGGCCGCGUAGGUGCGAAUGGGCUGCGCUCGUACCAGUACCGCGUAUGUAUGGUCAAGGAUGGCGUGGAGCUCGAUAUGCGAGGCCGAUGCAGUGCUGGCCAGAAAGUGCUGGCAUGCUUACUGAUUCGCUUGGCGCUUGCCGACUCGUUUGGCGCCCACUGCGGGUUCUUGGCUUUGGAUGAACCCACGACCAACCUCGACCGUGAAAAUGUCGAGGCCCUUGCGGCCAGCCUUGUCGACCUGCUGGCCGAGCGGCAGCACCAGCCGAAUUUCCAGCUGAUCGUCAUUACCCACGACGAAGAGUUCCUCACGCGCCUCUCGCAGUCUGACACACUCGAGCAGUACUGGCGCGUGUCGCGCGACGCAAAAUUGCACUCGGUCAUUGAGCGUGAAUACGUUCGCCGUGUAUAG